AUGUUUGAGUGGGAACGUUUUGACUUGGAGUCACCGAAUGGACCGCCCCGGAUACGAAUUCACAACAAUGAAGCGACUAAGUUCAGACAUAACAAGCACCAACGCCUACCAGAAUCUGUACUAGACAAGUGGUUCACGCUCUGCGACAACGCAGUCGAUCUGGUUUCACCCGGCCGAGCGCUCAUCCGCAUUGAUAAAACAUCUGAAGAUCUGCCUGGUCAAUUCUAUGUUGCCUCCAUAGUCAAUGAAAAGGAGGGUCAGGACCCGACCAAGCAGCGUAUAAUGCCGAAAGAGGUUCACAUAAAAUUACCUACGGUGGAUGCCAGAACCUACUGGAUGUGGAUGCGACGAGCUUAUGCCUCUUUAAAUGCGGGUGAGAUUGUCCAAGUUCACUGCCAUGUGCAUGACAACGUGCACUAUCGAAAUCCGCGCGAGGUCCAUACCGCCAUGUUCCAGAAUCCGCAACUCUGGCCUGCAGCUAUCUUGCGGGCCAUGCCAGAAGGAACGGGUCUGCUGAUGCCACCAUGGAGUGACGGGAACGAAGUUGUGUGGUCGAUGACUCGUUGGCCGCAGUUGACACAGAUCCGGAUCAAUGGUUACUACGGCAAACUGAGAAGCAGACUCAACGAUCCUUGGCUCAAGGAUCUCCCUCCACGAGCUGAGGCAUCUGCCUUCCUCGACGCAAAAGACACGCCGACCUUCAUGAGCAACGAGGUUACCACCCUGGCGCAUGCGAUGGAUACUGUAUUUGAUUACCAGGUCCAAGUUGUGAGAAGAGCAAUGAUGGGAGACAGGAAGUACUCUGCAGAGGGGAGAGAAUUUGAAAGCAACCUGGCUGAACUUGCAGCUGCCCUCAAGAAAACACGACUUCCCUUCCAAAGCCGUAAAAGAGAUCCAGAAUUCCAAGAAAUCAUGUGGAGGUUCGAUCAAGCACUAAAACAUUCCUCUGCGAAGCUGAGCAGACGCUAG